AUGGCGGAAGGACGCGCCGCCGCUGCCGACUGGGAGAUCGAUGUGGAGAGCGUGGAGGGGGAGGCGGCCGAGGCCGCCGACGCGCCUCGCAGUAACGCCGGCCCGGAGGAGGAAGAGGAGGAGGAAGGCGAAGAGUCGGCGGCGGCCCCACGGCGCGGAGAGCCGCGAAAGCUGAGCCGCACGCCCAAGUGCGCCAGGUGCCGCAACCAUGGCGUGGUGUCGUGCCUGAAGGGACACAAGAGGUUCUGCCGCUGGCGCGACUGCCAGUGCGCAAACUGCCUGCUGGUGGUGGAGCGGCAGCGCGUUAUGGCUGCCCAGGUGGCCCUCCGACGGCAGCAGGCGACCGAGGACAAGAAGGGUCUGGCGGGGAAGCAAGCGAGCCUGGAGCGCAAAGCAGUCUACCAGAGGCACGUCCGGACGCCAAGCCUCUUGGCCAAGAGUAUCCUCGAAGGUUACCGUCCUAUUCCAACAGACCCAUACCUGGGAGGGAAUUCACCCUUGCCACCCCCUGUAAGUGACAGAAUGAGAAAGAGACGGGCUUUUGCUGAUAAAGAGUUGGAGAACAUUAUGCUAGAGAGAGAGUAUAAAGAGAGAGAGAUGAUGGAAGCUACACAAGCAGCUGCUCUUUUUCUCCCUAACCGCAUGGUGCACGGAUCUGAAUACAACUCAUAUAAAACAGCCUUCAACACUGCUCAAGUUGAUACUCCAAACAAGGAGUUUUGCAAUUUUUUACCAACCUGCCUUGAUCUGACCAUGCAAUAUUCAGGAUCCAGCAACAUGGAACUGAUUUCUUCAAAUGUCAGUGUAGCUACUACCUAUAGGCAGUAUCCUCUCUCUUCUAGGUUCUUAGUGUGGCCAAAAUGUGGCCACAUUAGCGAUGCUCUCCUCUACCAGCAAUGCCUGCUAAACACUACUACUGUCCAAGCUCUCAAACCUGCGGCAGGUUGGGAUGCCAAGGUCUCGCAAAGUCAGGACUGUCCAAACACUGAUUACAACAUCAUGUCUCCAAAACUGGAAAAUUCACUACUUCUCACCCACACUCAAGAUAUUCAACAGUCAUGUAAUGAGAUACCAUGCGUUCCUCAGGAAGCUCAUGAGAGGUCAGCUUUCUCUCCUCCAAAAAAGACUUUUGCUCAGAUUUCUGAUAAGGAUCUUCUAACUCCUCAGGAACAAGUGUUAAGCAAGAUCAACAAAGACAGUAUCAAGCCCCUUCCACCACUCAAAUAUAAUCUGUUUCAGUCGCUGUUCCAGCAAGCGUUUCCUGAUAGAUCAGGAGCAGACCUGAGAAUAUCACUUACAAAAGAGACUUUUGAAGAUGCUUCUAAGAAAUACAGAGAGUCUGCCAUUAAAGAGAACCAAAAAGGCAAGUUUACAGCAGAAAAGUGCACAAAAGACUUUUCUGGGGCCAAACAGGCCACAAUAAAACUUUCAGCAACUGAGCCACUGUCGUUUUCUGUCGAAUCCAUCCUUAAAUAACCUUCUGCAGUUACUAAUGUUUCUCAAUGAAUAAACUGGACCUUCAGUGUAGAGAGUUUGUAUGCUUUGCCCUCUGCAGAAUUGCUACUGCCUGCCUUGUCUCUUAAAAUAUUUGUAAAGAGAAAUUUCUGCUGUAAGUGGUAAUUCUUUCUUUUCUCUCAAAA